AUGGCUUCUCUUCUUACUUUCUUAGGCACAGCUCAGAUUCUCGCGUUUAAGGAUGCUUUGAUGACGGCACGCGCAACACAGAUCGUCCUCGACCAUUUUCGUAAAAGUGAAUUCCCUCCGGAUCCGUUCCCACUCGACUCUUUGAGCUGCGCAGCCAAAAAACUGUCUCCUGAGGAGUACAGGCUUGUCCUCGAUUGGGAGCAUCUCGCCAAAUGCGUCGAAAAUAUCUGUUUAAAAAACACUGAAUGGGGCAAACGUGCAUGGCUAUACUGGAGAGAGAACCUUCAUCGAUCGGUAUACAGAGUCUUCCUCAUAGGCGCAGUCCUAUGUAGGAAAUACCAGGAGCCUCUGGCACCUAUUUGGUACACGGGACCUACUUGGGACCCGGAUCAUGACGAUGUCAAGUAUUUGUUGAAAUAUUCCAUCUUCAAAUUUGGUGCAUAUGAAGAGCAUGAGCCGAUUUAUGGGCCAUUGGCCGAUUUCCUACUCCAGCAGAGCAGGAAACGUGCUCACGAUCAGCGUGAUAUCCUACCAGAAGACCUAGUGUAUCACGAGGAAUCAUUGUUCCCUGAUUACAUCGAGAUAAAAGAACAUGCAAGCUUGAUAUUCGCGGACACUUUGGAAAGUUUAUUCGCAUUCAUAGCAGUCGCCGGCUACGCGCAUUGGACGAUUAUCAAAGGAGAAACCCCAAAAGACAACAUCAGCACCGAUUCUGAAGCCGAGAGUAACCCCGAAGAUAAAGACAACAACAGCACAGACGACACUCGCCUGGGCAAGAAACUCGCCGUCAUACUACCAGAGCAGUUCUACCCAGAGACAAUACACAUGCCAAAACGCGUAAACAAGGCACACAACACUCUCCUAGCGAGAAAACGAAUACGCAAAACCGCUUCGAGCCCGUUCUGCAGGCACGUGGACAAGGUUCUCUGCGGCUUACAUGAAGUCUCCGGCCAGCCGAAUGUAUAUUAUGAUUUGUGUCCGACUCCAUAUCCCCCGCUGCAGAUAUUUGAGUUCAUUUUCAGGAGAUUUCUAAGUCUUCGCUUCGCUGAAGAUGCUUUUAGCAUUCUACCUCCCGGCUCGCCACCUAAGGUGUUUUUGAAUAGGAUUGAGAGUGGAGAUAUUUACUCGGAGGUUGAUGAGCAGUUACCGGAGGGUGGGAUAACGAUGUUCGAACCUAAUAAUUGGGCGGAUUUUGAUGCGCAUUUCUUUUCUAUGCGCUGA